AUGGCUGUCAUCCUCCCAUGGAGUUCGCUGGUUAACUCACGCGCUCAUUUUGAUCACCGGAUUUGCUUCUCAAUCCUUGGCCCGAGUACGUCUGACCCGAGCAGGCCAAGGCAUAGGCUUGAAGAUAUCAAGCAAGACACCAAAGAACUCUAUGUGCCAACCUCCGCGGCCAAAGUGGACAUCGUGUUCGUGCCCGGGCUUGCGACCGACCCAGAGAUUAGUUGGAAAUCCAACAAGGGAGACUUCAACUGGAUCUCGCACCAGGACGGGAUCGUCAGAGACUUCACCAAAGCAAGAGCGCUGCUUUACCAGUACGAGUCGUCAUGGAAGGGCCCACUCCAAGUCAAACAAUUCAUGCACAAUAUUGCCUCCACCUUGCUCACGUGCCUGAAUACCCUGAGGGAGGGAUGCGAACGAAGGCCAAUCGUCUUCGUUGCCCACAGCAUGGGUGGUCUAGUUGUCGCUAAAGCCGUGACACUCACAGACUCGCGACAAGAUCGGUGCGGUACCAUGUUUGAGUCAAUAGCGGGGUGCAUCUUCUUCGGUACGCCGUUCCAUGGAGCACAUGCCGCGGCAGCAGCACACAUGCUCUCCACCAUCGGAGCGAGAUUCGAUUUGGCCAUACCUUCGAAGCUGCUCGACAUGAUGAAGCCCGGCGACGAAAGCCUGACGGAGCUGCGGAAUGAAUUCGCAAGACUCGCCGGGAAACUGAGUCAGAAGAUACAGCUCUUUUAUUUCUGGGAAGAACAACCUACCGACUUCGCUAAGCAGGCUAAGCUCCCGAGUUUCUUUUCAUUGGCGGUCCCAAAGACCGUUUCCGAGCUCGUCAGUCGCGAAUCGGCGACGCUCGAAGAUGUCGAUGGAAUGGGCCUUGCCUGCACCCAUCAGGAGUCGGUCGAGUUCGAUAGUGCCAGGGACGGUCGGUAUCAGCUCGUUCCGGAUCCCUUGAAGAAAAUCAUCCACGGCGCGUCUUUGGUUGUGAAGAACAGAUUUAAUUCCACCCGUAAUAUCAGUAGAGAGACCAUCAAGGAUGUCUUGACGACCCUGGACGCAGCUCAGGUGCAUAAAAAACUCAAGGCUCUUCGCGAAGAGUACACCCGGUCGUUCUGGUUGGCCCAAGCACAAGAGUACAAGGAGUGGCUCGCCGAAGACCUUGCCGUUGACUGUUUGUGGAUUCGGGGCCCAGAAGGCAGAGGUAAAACUAGUCGCGAGCAGCAACAAUCCACGGGCCAAGAACCUGUCUUGUUGGCAUAUUUCUUCUGUACGCCAACCGGAGACAGUUCCACAGCAGAGGAUCUUCUCAAGUCUUUACUGAGUCAAUUGGUCGACAAGCAAGAGAUUCUGGUUUCGUAUGCAAAAGGUUUCGUCAAGGAAGAAGCCAAAAGCUCCAGACCUGCACCCAAGAUGACAGUCGACAAUAUGUGGCAAUCUCUUCAGGAGAUGCUGUGGGACGAAUUCAUUGGUCGUCCGGUCUACUUCAUUAUCAACAAUCUACAUGCCCUUGCAGAAGAUUCGGAUUCAACCAAAAAGCUGAUGAAACUCAUCAACACGGAACUGGCGAGCAUGAAAACCGUGGACCAGAAGCGGGCGCCUGUCAGAUGGCUAUUCACGAGCCGAGAACUUCACAGUGUCGAAAACGCGUUGAAGGUGGAUGGUGUACGCCUGAUCGAUCUCGAAGAUCCCAAAUAUGGCAACCAGGUUCAACGCGAACUACUGAAAUACGCUUAUACGACUGUCAAGAAUCUGCGGGAAGAGAAGAAGUACACCAAGGCCGUCUCAUACUUCGCCCACAGUCUGAUCGACAAACGGGCGCAGAACACCCAGUGGGCUGACAUUGCUUGUGUAAGGCGAAUCUUGGAGGCUAUGCCGCAGGAGUUGAACCUCCUUUUGGAGAGGGCCUGGAAAAAAGUGUUUGCAUCGAAUUACCAGAAUAUGGACAGGAUCAAGGAAAUGUUGAGAGCUCUUGUCCUAACCAGCGAGGACCCGACAGAACCUGAGCUUGGCAGAAGCGAGCUACGUCAGCUGGUGGAGAAAUGCAAACCUCUUCUCACGAUGAGGCGCUUCGAUCGAACAGGCUUUUUCAAGAUUUCGUUCAUCAACGUUGUCCAUGGUGUAUUGGCAUUCCGUUCGUUCUCGCACUUGAUCGAGCGGCUGAAUUUUCCCGAGUCCGAGAACAAAACUUUAGAUGCUUCAGCGCCAGGUGAUGACGAACGAGAUAUUCCGAGCCCUCAAGGUGUCCCUGAAGAUGCGGUCCACGGUUCAAAUACGGUCCCUGGCCACGUUAAUGAUGCGAGCGACAGUCCAAGUCCUGUUUCCGACCAUGUCGAGAAUCUACACGAGGAUCUAAACGCUAGCGAAGCUGAUGAGGGUGACAAUGACUCGUACUCGAACGGUUACAGCUCCGACGCCAGUGGGGACGAAAGCCCGCCAGACCCAGAGCUUGAAACCAUUCUGGGUGUCGUUCUGGGCUACAUGGUAAAGCACUGGCUCGAUCAUGCCAGCCAUGCCACUGCAGAGAUUGCUUCCGACUUGGUCGAAGAAGGGGACUUCUGGAAACAGGGCUCACCGAUCCAUCGUCGAUGGCUCAAGGCUUACGAGCACUUUGCCAGCUGGUUCAACGCCUUUGACUAUGAAUCUAACAUUUUGGAACUCUCCGCCUUGCACGUCGCUGCUUCGAUUGGGUUUCCGCGCCUAGUUGCUGAAUUGAUCAAAGGUGGGCACCAGAAUGAACUCCAUCUGCGCGACAAGCUAAGCAAUACACCUUUACACUUUGCGGCUUACUUUGGACGAGAUGACAUCGUCGAGGAGCUUCUUAACUGCGGUGCCCCCAUCGACGACGGCGUAGAGAUAGGAACACAGACCCCAUUGCACAUGGUGGCUUUCCAGGGUAAUGUCAAAACGAUGAGAAAGCUUAUCGACCAUAAAGCGGACAUAAAUGCAACCACAAAGAAAGACGACAUUGGGCCCGUCGUGAAUGCCGCCAUCUGUUCAAGUAACCACGAAGCCGUGAAGAUUCUGGCGGCGCAAUUUGCCGAUAUGAAAAUAUUCAAAUAUCUAGUUGAGGCAUGUGCGGACAAAUUGAGACCCGAAGAAUACAGCACGGCACUCAUCGCCGCGGCCAACUCCGGUGGGGUGGAGGUGUUCAAGGAGCUACUAUCAUACGAGCAUCCGCAAGAAUGCUUUCAAAAGGUGCUUGAGGCAGCAACAGAAGAAGAAAACUGGGGUGUCGUCAACAUUCUCCUCGACAAAUGCGCAGGAUUGGAUUGUGAUAAACUCUUCAUUGCUGCCGUCGAUGUCAAUGAAAAUCAAGACAAGGUGUUACAGGCAGUCUGGCAAUAUACGAAUGGCUCUGUCUCCGGGGCAAAAGAGUCCACGGUCAAAUUGCUGUUAGACGAGUUCGAGGCUGAUCCCAACGCAACGGGUGAAAUGUAUGGUAAUGCUUUGACAGCUGCAGCGCAUGAUGGGACCAUCCGAAUUGUCAGGAUGCUUCUCGAGAAAGAGGCGGACGUCAACUCUGAACAUGGCUGGGCAUUGCAAACAGCUGCCGCAGAAGGGCACCUUGAAGUCGUGGAGGAACUUCUUGCACAGGGUGCCUACGUAGACGCCUGUACGCGAAGCCAGUAUUUCCCUCCGGGAACCGCUUUGCAAGCAGCAUGUGAAUCUUGCAAGCCCGACAUUGCUGAUAUCCUACUCGAGAAAAAUGCCAACCCCAACCUGAGGCCUCGACCCGACACAUGUCCCCUCAUUGCCGCAGCGAGCAGGGGAGAGGCCAGAAUGGUGAAACUGCUGGUCGAGGCUGGGGCAGAGGUGAACGUGUUUGGUGGGCCUAACAAUGCAACACCACUGCUCUAUGCAGCCAUUUGUCUGCCCGUAGAGUCCUUGAGACUUCUCCUCUUGGCUAAUGCAGACAUCAAUCUGGCCGAUGGUAAUGGCGACACUGCGCUCAUUGUCGCGGCACAGAGAGGCGAUCAACAGUGCGUUCGAUUCUUGACAGAGGAGGGUGCUGAUGUUAUGCAUUCAAACAAGAGUGGCGAGAAUGCUCUCCAUGCGAUGAAGGUAGCCAUAGAAUCGGAGAAUGAAGCGGUUGCGGGUGUGUUUCGCAACAUUAUUAACAACCAGCAAGGAACGAAGCAUUCCAAAUUGAAUGAUGAAAACAGCGGCGAAGAUGAAGGUAGGAACUUUUCAGAGGACGAGUGCGAGGGAGAGAGGCCUGAAGACGAGGGAUCUCGACAUGGUUCUGUUAGUGAGAUGGGGGCCGGUGGCGGAGACAACGAGGACAAUGGAGACGGUAGUCAUCAAGAAGAUGAUGAUAAUGAUCGAUUUGAGGUCAGAAAGGCUCUUGAUCGGGGGUUCGGGCGUGUCCAGAGGUUAUUCAACUAG